UCUCUUGCACGAUCCCCCCUCCCCAACCUAGCGGCUCCUACAACUGACCCAUGCCUGCAGCUCCGCCCCAUGGCCUCCGCGCCUCCUCCCACUCCCAGCAAACGCGCCUCCCCUCCCCACCCCCGAUCCACCUUCUUCCUCCGUCGGCGCCGCACCUCCCCUUCCCGCCCGGCUUCUUACCACGCCGGUACCGCACCACAUGGCCAGCUGUCGGUCCACCCCGCCGCCGGUCUGGGAUGGCGCCGUCCUGCCCUGCAUCGCCGCUGGCCUGGCUUCCGCCGCCCGUUCCCUGCAUCGCCACCGGCAUGGGCUAGCGCCGCCCCUAUCCUGCAUCACCACUGACAUAGCCGGUGCCCCCAGGAUCGCCGUCGCCGAUUUUGGAUGUGUGCGGUAUCACUUCAGUACACUUUCGGGCGUUGAGGCAACUGUAGCAGGCAUUGCAGAGGGUGGCAACAUGCAGUUCGGAUGGACAUGCGUUGCAGUUGCCUCUGACUUUGAGGAGGGUCACCUCUCGCUAUAGUGCAGUUUGUUAAUUUAUGUGCAAAUAAAUUUAGUUUUAUGUAUGAAGUCUAUUUCAAUUGUUAGAGAAAUUUGUGAAAAUCGCCAGAGGAAAAACAAGGCAUUACCUAAUGAAGUUUGGCUGGGAGACCUUUGUGGCUCAAAACAAAAUGGAGUUCAGUUUUGCAUUGAAGUGCAUAUGUAAAAUAAUAAAAGUACAAAUGGGCUUGUUGUG